AUGCCCGAAGUCCCCGUCGAGCCCGCGUUGCUAGGAGCCGGGCUGGUAUGGUUGUCCGAUAGCUGGUCGGUAUGGAAUUCAGUGGUACUCAUUGCCACACGGUCUCUCCAUCAAGGAAUUCAGACUGAAUCGAGUCGGAGAAAUAGGUGCUCUCGGAGGGGAAGGGAAAGCGGUAGGGAAUAA